AUGAAUGAAUGGUGGGCAUUGGAUGGUGGAUACACCUGGCGUUUAGUUGCGCAAAUUGUGGAUGAUGGUCGUGUUGAAUUCAACCGGGCAUGUGUAGAUCUGGAACCCUGGCAAAUCGUCUCGUAUACUUUAUCCGUCACUUGCUUCUUCAUCUGGGUACGGAAACUGCUAAAAGCAGACCGUCCUCUUUCUGCCCGUAUUCGUUCUCUGAUUUUUUCCGCAUUUCGCAUGCUGCCGUGGAUAAAUGCGCAACUAAAAGAAGAAAUGAAAAAGGCAAGAAGGGAUUUUGAAGAGACAAUACAUCAAUAUGAUAAGAGAAAGGAGUUCUACAAGUUCUUGCCUGAGCGUGGGCUUACGAUUAGUAAUAUAAUUCGUGAAGCAGAAUUAUACAAAACAAUGAGUGAAUUUUCUUUUUACGAAGGCCGCGUUUCCGGAGUAGUUUUUGCAGAUGUUGAUGAAGAGCACCGAGCGUUGCUGCAAAAGAUGUUUGAGCUGUUCGUAUAUUCGGAUUCUUUAUAUCCUGAUCUUUUUCCCGGCUGUCGGAAAAUGGAAGCGGAAAUUGUGCGCAUCGUUGCGUCACUUCUUCAUGGCGGCCCUAGUUCUUGUGGAACAGUUACUUCCAAUGAUACAGAAAGCAACAUGUUGGCAUGUUUCGCUUAUCGGAAUCGCGCAUUUGCUCGUGGAAUUAGGCAUCCAGAAAUGUUGGUACCGGUAACUGCUCAUGUUGCAUUCGAUAAAGCAGCGAAAGUAUUACAAAUGCGUAUUCGCCAUAUCCCUGUCGAUAAAAAUCAGCGGGUUAAUGUAGGUGCAAUGAAACGCGCUAUCAGUAAUGAAACUUGUAUGCUCGUGGCAUCAGCUCCGAACUAUUCGUUCGGUACUAUCGACAACAUAGAAGCGAUUUCUGAGCUGAGCCAACGAUAUGGUAUUCCUUUACAUGUUGAUGCAACUCUUGGUGGUUUUAUUCUCUCUAUUAUGGAACGAUGUGAUUUUACAGUUAAAUCGUACGAUUUUCGUGUACCUGGUGUGACAUCGAUUUCUUGUGAUAUCCAAAAAUAUGGUUUUGCUCCAAAUGGAACAUCGCUGAUCUUGUACCGCGACCCCUCUUUGCUUCAUCACCAGUAUUUUUGCAACAGCGAGUGGCCUGGUGGCAUAUAUAUGACACCUACUUUAGCUGGUAACAAAGAUGGAUGUGCAAUAGCUUUAACAUGGGCUACUUUACUUUACAAUGGAAGACAAGGCUAUGCAGAACGAACGGAGGCAAUUAUUAAUACAGUACGUGAAAUACGAAUGGGCAUUGAGAAAUGUUCGCACAUACAAUUGUUGUAUGAAUCAGAUGUUACAACUGUUGUGUUUACGACGAGGGGUCUCAACGUGUAUGCCUUAGCGGAUCGUAUGAAUAAACUAGGAUGGUUCUUAUCUACUCUUCAAAAUCCACCUGCAGUUCAUAUGUGCGUUACGCUGAAUCACACGAAGUCAGGUGUUGUGGAAAAUUUCCUUCGUGAACUGAACAUGGCAUGCGAAGAUCUGGUAUCAAAUCCCGAAUUUAGUCACCAGUCAAGAACUGCUGCGGUCUACGGUAUGGUAUCCGCUGUGCCGGACCUGAUGGAGGAAAUAUCUCAUAUGUAUCUUGAUAGUUAUUAUGCAACACCGUUACCAUCAUCUGGUCGUACACUAAGUGUUGAGGGAAGAAAAAAAAGCCUUAUGUCAAACUAA